GAGCAGUAGCGGAAAGUGGGCUUUUUGCGAAGGGAUUUUCUUGGGAUGAGAGCUUAUCUCCUGCCUUCAUUUGGGAUGCUCUCCCUGCUUUAACCCCUUCAGCCUUCAGUCUCACCCCUGGACAACCUGUCUCCCCCGGGAUCCCGGAGGACACCGGACGGGAGCCCUCAGGCAGAGGAGCCAACGUUUUCCUUCCUAAGUGCAUAAACUGCACGCAUACGCAUACACACACACACGCACACACAAACACACACGCAAGGCAAGCGCGCGAGCCGGAUCGCCCUUCGAGGCGGCUCUGCCGGCUCCCCUCCUCCCUAAGCAUCCUCGGCCCAGCGCGCCUCGGACCAUCAUGGAGGUGCUGGAGAGCGGGGAGCAGAGCGUCCUGCAGUGGGACCGCAAGCUGAGCGAGCUGUCAGAGCCCGGGGAAACCGAGGCUCUCAUGUAUCACACGCACUUCUCAGAACUUCUGGAUGAGUUUUCCCAGAACGUGUUGGGUCAGCUCCUGAAUGACCCUUUCCUCUCAGAGAAGAGUGUGUCGAUGGAGGUGGAGCCAUCCCCAACGUCCCCGGCGCCUCUCAUCCAGGCCGAGCACAGCUACUCUCUGUGCGAGGAGCCUCGGGCCCCGUCACCGUUCACCCACGUUACCACCAGUGACAGCUUCAAUGACGAUGAGGUGGAGAGUGAGAAAUGGUACCUGUCUACAGACUUCCCGUCAACAACCAUCAAGACAGAACCGAUUAUGGAUGAGCCACCCCCAGGACUUGUUCCCUCUGUCACUCUGACCAUCACAGCCAUCUCCACCCCUUUUGAAAAGGAGGAACCCCCUCUGGAAAUAAAUCCUGGGGUUGACUCCUCGUGCCAGACCAUUAUUCCCAAGAUUAAGCUGGAGCCUCAUGAAGUGGAUCAAUUCCUAAACUUCUCUCCUAAAGAAGCCUCCGUGGACCACCUGCACUUACCACCCACCCCUCCCAGCAGCCACAGCAGCGACUCAGAGGGCAGCCUGAGCCCCAACCCGCGCCUGCACCCCUUUGGCCUGCCUCAGACCCACAGCCCGGCCAGGGCCGUGGCCCGGGCCCCCUCGGCCCUCUCCAGUUCUCCUCUCCUCACAGCGCCACAUAAACUGCAGGGAUCAGGCCCCCUGGUCCUGACAGAGGAGGAGAAGAGGACCCUGAUUGCUGAGGGCUAUCCCAUCCCCACCAAACUGCCCCUAACAAAAUCAGAGGAGAAGGCCCUGAAGAAAAUCCGGAGGAAAAUCAAGAAUAAGAUUUCUGCCCAGGAAAGUAGGAGAAAGAAGAAAGAAUACAUGGACAGCUUGGAGAAAAAGGUGGAGUCUUGUUCAACUGAGAACUUGGAGCUUCGGAAGAAGGUAGAGGUUCUGGAGAAUACCAAUAGAACUCUCCUGCAGCAGCUGCAGAAGCUUCAGACUUUGGUGAUGGGCAAGGUUUCGCGCACCUGCAAGUUGGCCGGCACGCAGACCGGCACCUGCCUCAUGGUCGUUGUGUUAUGCUUUGCUGUCGCAUUUGGCAGCUUCUUUCAGGGCUACGGGCCCUAUCCUUCUGCCACCAAGAUGGCUCUGCCCAGCCAGCAUUCCAUGUCGGAGCCGUACACAGCUUCUGUCGUGAGAUCCAGGAACCUGCUGAUCUAUGAGGAACAUUCUCCCCUGGAGGAGUCAUCCACCCCAGCCUCGGCUGGGGAGCUUGGGCGCUGGGACAGAGGCUCCUCCCUGCUCAGGGCGUCAGGGCUGGAGGCUAGGCCAGACGUGGAUCUUCCUCAUUUCAUUAUCUCGAAUGAGACCAGCCUGGAGAAAUCAGUGCUGUUGGAGCUGCAGCAGCACUUGGUCAGCGCCAAACUGGAGGGGAACGAAACACUGAAAGUCGUAGAACUCGACAGAAGAGUGAACGCCACUUUCUAAAGAGGCAGUCUCCACCUCCUUCUUUCUCUUCACUCUACUUUUACAUCCCCAAACCACCUUUGUCAUCAGCUUUUUCUUUUUGUCACCUGAUUUGGAUGAAGACAUGGGCAAGCAGUCAUGGCUUUGGAUGGAGGACAGCCUGGGAUUUCCCCCUGUGGUGAGAGAGCACCUCCCCCUCCAGUCCCAUGUCCCUCUCUGCACAGGGGGCCUGGCAUCUCCCCCUCCCUUUCACUUACUGCCAUAGGAAAUUAUUUUAGGGUCGGGGUGGGACAAGCCGGCUUGUUUCUACCUAUAGUGCCAAAAAGAUGCUGCCUGAUUCUCACCAGGGGGUGACCACCUCUUUGGAG